AUGCUGGUUCUAGACUUGCGCUCUGAUGCUGCCCCUGUGACAGAUACUGCUGCUGCUGCUGCUGCUGCUGCUGCUGCUGCUGCUGCUGCUGCUGCUGCUGCUGCUGCUGGUGGCGGCGGCAGCGGUGGCGACGCUUCGCUCCAAUCACUGGCCGCCAGCUGUCUGUCACUCUCAGAGCUCCACCUCUUUUCAGACUACCUUCUGGGCACCGGUCUCGCCUCCCACUCCCCCGCUACACCUUCCUCCACUUCCCCCUCGCCCCCUCCUCCUCCGAUCCCCAAUUCGACAUCCUCGUCUCCUCUUCCCAAUCGUAGUCCACCCACCUCCUCCUCCCUAUCCCCUCUUCGCAAUAACAAUUCCUCCCCAUCCUCCUCCCUGUCAUCCUCCUCCCCUUCCUCCUCGCCUCUUCCCUCCAAGCCUCCCUACCGCUUCCUCUCACUCAAGGCACUCUCUAUCACCAGCUGCUCUCUCGCUGACCCGGGCGUUGCCUGCAUAGUCACCACCUGCCCCAACCUCCUCCGACUGCUGCUGCGCGAUUGCAUACAGGUUACUGAGGCUAGUGUAAGCAGUGCAGUCAAGGCGUGCAAAAGGCUUCAAUUGCUGGACGUUUCUGGGUGCACCAGAGUCAACCUGAAGCAGGCUGCGGAGGUGGUGGCAGCUAGACCGCGGCUGGUGCUUGUAACAGUGAGAAAAGAUGCGGAUUGA